AUGGCUGGCACAGAAGCAUCUUCAAAGCGAAAAAGAAAAUACAUUACUUCAUUUUCAAAUGUUUCUCCAGAAGAAGCAGAAUCAAUACUUGGAUUUCAACUCAUUAAAUUUUAUGAUUCUCAAAUGCCGAUUGAACAAUUUAUUACAACAACAGCACCAGAACAAUUGAAGAAAAAAAUAUUUGAACGAUUAAUCGAUUGUAUUAUAUCAGAAGGAUUUCCAGAGCCAGCACUUCCUUUAUUCAAUGAAUUGGUCGUGACAGACAAUGUUGGAAUGAUUUUGAUAGCAAUGGUUUCUUACUUUAAACUUACUGUGGCUCAUGAUGACUUAAGAUUAUCACGAGAGAAAAAGAUCAUCCGUAAGGACGAACAAUUUGGUGGAAACAUGGAAUUUAUCAGAAUUCAAAAGAUCAAUGUUGGGAAGAAUUGUUAUGUACUCGUCGUCGAAACAAAAGGUGAUUCACUUGGAAAAGAACUUACUCAACUGUUAUUGGCAUUAAAAUCUAUGUAUGAUAUAAAUAAUGAUAAAAAAUUGGUGUAUGGAUUCUUAACAACAGCAAUCCAGUGGCAAUUAGUGACAUAUGAUGGUCAAACAUGGAAAUUAUCAGAACUAUCUACUGUUUUACUUGCAAAUAUGAGAAAACAAGAAGAUCGAUGGUUGAAAAAUAAUACUCAAAUAUUAGAUGUCAUUUACAGUAUUUUGUCAUCAAUAUAA